GGAUGAGGAGCCUGUCCCUUACCACUGAAGCAGAAAGGGUUGGUCUUGGAGCAAAAGCCUCUUUUUGCUUGGGGUUUAUAAUGGAAACUCUUGUGCUCUCUCUUGAAUAGCUGUGGAAGCGUCUGAAGCUGCGUUAAGGAGGGUGUAGAUGACGGAUAUCCCAUGGAAUUGUAGUUUAUCAGAGCUUUCCCCCCGGGCGCUCUCCUGUGCUGUGGUGCUGCUCCUGCUCCUCCCGGUGCUGAGCAGAGGCAGGAGGUGCAGCAUCGCCAGGAUCCUCCGGCAGUACCGCGCCGUCAUCAUCCACGAGAUCCACAACCUGAAAACCCUGAGCGGGUCGGUGGACAGGAGCGCAAGGGCUGGCCCGGCUUGUCGCUCGGAUAAGGACCAGAAGAUCCUGUUCUCCAUCUACAACAUCACCAUGGCCCUAUGGGAAGCGGCCUCCGGCUCCGUGCGCGGCCCCGAGGAGCUGGCGCUGUGGAAGGUGGCCAGGAACACGGAGGUGGUGUUCAGGGAGAGCUGCAGGAGCAUCCGCAAGAGCCCGCCGCGCAUCCCGGCCCAGCCCCGGCGCAGGGGACGCAGCCGCAGGAGGAAGAUGCUGCGGGAGGUCGGGAGGAAGGCUCAGAGGCUGCUGACCUGCUGGGAGAAGCUCUAUGCCCUGCACGCCCCGCACCAGGUACCCCGGGACUCAUAGGGAUGCUCUCGCCAUGGGCCGGAGGGAUGC